GAAGGAUCUCGUUGCGCAGAUUUAUUGUGCAGUUAACUUUAAACAGGACGAGAUAAACAUUGAGGCUAUGUAUAUCGAAAGUGUGGUUGACCAGACAUAAAAGGAGCGCUACCUUGCGAGAGAGAAAUGGUACUAAGGCAGACAAUCCAGUCUAAUCAAGAGUAUACUUCCUCCCUCUCGUUCCACUGGACUGCCACUCCGGCUUUGCAGACUAUCAAGAUUUUAUGAACGAUGGCUGAAGAUGAAAUAGUGCCUUUAUUAGCCGAAGGGGACAAUCAAGAGAACAUCACGCCAGGGUGUAUUUCAGGGGCUACUUGUCAAGAAAGCACCGAAACACGGCCAGAUAUAAUUUUACCCAAUGGGAAAGAGUAUCAUAUCUUCAUAUCCUUCACAUCAGGAGACAGGCCAUAUGUAAUGAGGCUUAACAAUGCUUUGGAUGUGAUGGGGUUCAAAUGCAUGCUCGCUGAAGAUGACUUUAUCAGUGGUGUUCCCAUCAUGCAGAAUAUCCAAACUUUCAUAGAAAAAAGCCACAAGCUGCUUCUAGUUGUAUCGGAGGCUUUUCUUCAGAAACCCUUUUGUAAUUGGGAAGUUGAAAUAGGGCAUAAAUACGCGGCUGAUAAUAAUAGGAACGACUAUAUGAUAGUGCUUCGAUUGGACGAGUGUGAAAUGCCCCUGAAGCUGGGAUACAUGACAAAUAUCUACGGAGUGGGCCGGGAGGUCGAAGAUGUGGCACUAAAAGUGAAAGAUGCCUUUUUUAACAGAGCUGAAGAUCCGAUCUCACAGAGUCAAAAUGGUUGUGAAAUUCUGCGGAUGUCCCCAACAGAAAUAUCGCAAAGACUGUGUUGUAGCUCGGGCUAUCAGUUUAAUGACAUACCGGCAUCUGAAGAGUAUCGCUUGGGGUGUUAUUCCAUGAAGGAAUCCGCAGAGUUUUACCGGGAGAUGAUGAAGUGUGCCAAUGACCAUUCCCUCAUUAAAAGAUAUGCUGUUUUUAGUCGCAGUCGAAAGUCCUGGUACUUUUUCGUCCUUUUUUUGUGCGGCAUUCAAGCAGUAUUUACCUCAAUAUACCUGUUGGUAACACAGUUGUCUGGAAACGAUUUAUCAAUAUCUCAGCUGCUUCUGUUAUCGUUGGCAUGGCUGAUUUUAGCUGUAUGCUUAUAUAUCGCACUUUUGAAGUAUCUUUACCGCCAGGUAUGUAUACUACUCACCAAAACAUUGUUUCUUAAGGAUGCUUUAAAACGAGAAUCUAAAAAUAAUAAAUGAUACAUAAAUAAGUCACACAA